AUGCAGGGGACGCAGAGCGAUAGGGGGCUGUACUACAGAGCAGCCGAGCUCAUCUACUCCUCGAUAAUGCAACAGCAACAUGUUUACGACUUCCAAGUGAGUGUACAGAUCGUGGAGAUCUACAACGAAGAGAUCUUUGAUCUACUGGCUCAACCCAGCGUCAAUUCAGGCUCGCCGACGAACGCCAGUAUGGGCUGCCAUGUCGGCGCCACAAGCAUGUGUGGCAACCAGCAGAGCAGCUCGUCGUCUACACUGGAGAUCCGACAUGGCGAGAAUGGCGUUUACUUGAAGAAUGUGGAGACAGUUCAUGCGCCAAGUGCCAAGGAAUUUCACGAGGUUAUUGCUCGAACCAAGACGAAGAAGAACGACCGCAGCAACAGGUCGCAUACCGUUGUGACGAUUGAGAUUCAACGUAUCAGCAAGGUUAAUGGAGAUGCAGAAACAGGCAGACUAGUUCUCGUGGACUUGGCAGGAUCGGAACGACUCUCGAAGACGGCGGAGACGCCUCCACUUUCCGUUCGGGAAUCGCAGCACAUUAACAAGUCGCUGGCAGCUGUGGGCGACGUUUUAUCCGCGUUGUUGGCGAAGGAGAAGCAUAUCCCGUUCCGCAACUCCAAGCUCACGCACUUGCUUCAGGAUUCGCUGAGUGGCAACGCCAACCGUACGCUUUUACUUGUACACGUGAGCCCCAGAAGUGCAGACGUGAAUGAGACCAUCAAUUCUCUCAAGUUUGCGUCGCGUGUGAGUCAUAUUCAGAUGGGCAAGUCGCGUCGUACCGAGCGUGCGGAGAUCACGAGACUGAGCGGAGUGGUAAGGCUAGUCUGUCGUGUUGCCAACCAGGUUUCUCAAAUUCAAGCUUUGCAAGAAAAACUGACAGCGGAGCUAGAGCUGCGCAAGAAGUACGAGAGGAGGCUCGAGGAGUACCGUCAGGAGGAGCAUCGCCGCAGGACCAAGGGAGACGAGGCCAGGAGAGUUUUGCAGCAGAUGAGGACCCCUUCCCCGCCAGAAUUACCACCCCCAAUCUCUUCGCGAAGGUGGAGUUUGUUCGCUCGAAAGGAGAAGCUUGCCAAUGCCCAGGGACGAAAUGGCAUUGAAAACGUCGCGGAGAAUAUUCUACGUGGCAACGAGUCUUCGCCUGAGACUGCAGAGAUCAGAACGACGAUCAAUGGCAAACCGAGUGGAAUUUCCCCCCCGACGAACUUCUCAAGACGACUCAGUUUGAAGAGAUCGUCCGCUUCCGAAAAAGUGCACAGGUACGGAAUGCCUUGA